UGUAGGAGCCCACAAAGGUUCCUGAAUCCUGCUUCUUCUUCUUCUUCUUCUUGCAUUUUUUUUCUCUGACAUCACGGCUAGUUGCAACAGAGCACAGAACACCAUCCGUUUCUUGAAAUGACCAAGAAGUCGGCACUCGUCACGAGUUACUGAGGCAUGUGACAUGUGAAGCCUGCUGAAGGAGGGUUUCGCACAGGUUACACCCUCAGCAACAGCUCUCACAGGUAAACACGAGCCGGAUGAGUCGAGGCUUGCUGAAGAGCAUGAAAAACAAGACGCCGUUCGUCUGCUUCUAAACAGCGUCCUGAUCGAGCAGAGGGAAUGAUCGAGCCUGAUGAGAGCCUCCACGGAGCAGGAGCCUUGGUCUAAAUGGGUCCGGUCAUGCCUCCCAGUAAGAAGCCGGAAGCUUCCGGGGUGAGCGUGGCGAGCGGCUUGAGCCAGCUGUACCAGGUGGGCUCGAUCACUCGGGCGCUGUGUGAAGAUGAUGAACUGGAGCUGGCGCUGCCCGUGCCGGCCAUCAAGCUAGAGAAGUCGGGCGCCGAGGACGAGGAGCUAACCAACCUCAACUGGCUACACGAGAGCAAGAACCUACUGACGAGUUUUGGCGACCCCGUGCUGAGGAGCGUGAGCCCCGUGCAGGAGCCUGAUGACGAUCCGCCUCCCUCCCCGGCCACCUCCGACCUCGCCUACGAUGCCAAGCACAACCCCAACUGCAAGCCACCGUACUCCUUCAGCUGCCUCAUCUUCAUGGCCAUCGAGGACGCGCCCUCCAAGAGGCUGCCCGUCAAAGACAUUUACAACUGGAUCCUCGAGCACUUCCCCUACUUCGCCAACGCCCCAACCGGGUGGAAGAACUCCGUCAGGCACAACCUCUCACUCAAUAAGUGUUUUAAGAAAGUGGACAAAGACAGGAGUCAGAGUAUCGGAAAGGGUUCCCUGUGGUGCAUAGACCCGGAAUACAGACACAAUCUCAUCCAGGCGCUGAAGAAGACGCCUUAUCAUCCCUACUCCCAAGUGUUCACCACGCCUCCCACCUCUCCUCAGGCAUAUCAAAGCCUGUCCAGUCCUCCAAUUUGGCCGGGGAAUCACUUCUACAGAAAAAAUAAAGGAGUCCUCCUACCAGUCCCUCAGGGAGUGAUCCGGAACGGAGCUUGUAUGAUGAGCCCGGGCCUCUUCCCAGGAAUUCGACCUCUUCCCAUCAAUCCUAUUGGCAGCAGAGCAGCUGCCGUCAGGUCAGUCCUGGCUGGCUGCAGGAUUCGCAGCGAAAGUGAGCCGUCCUGCGACUCUCCUCUGGUCAGCAGCGACCCCAAGGAAGACCACAACUACAGCUUCGGCAAAUCUUCCAACUCGACACCCGGAGAGAAAACGCAGCUCGACUGCAGCGCGUCCGAGUUCCACGGUCACGACACCACCAGCGACACGGACGACGACGACAGGGCCAAGAUCAAGAAGGAGCCCAAAGAGUGGGCGGUGGACGCUCUGGCCCUGGCACAGCACAACAAGUGGCACCAUUUGACAAAGGUCAAACAGAGAGUGGCCAGUGACAUGCUGCCGUUAAAAAAGAGGCGCACGGAGAAGCCUCCAGAAAGCGAUGAUGAGGAGAUGAAGGAGGCGGCGGGUUCUCUGCUCCACCUGGCUGGCGUCAGAGCCUGUUUGAACAAUAUCACCAACCGGACGGCCAAGGGCCAGAAAGAGCAAAAAGAGUCCAUGAAAAAUAACUAAACUGUGUUAUGAGGAAGAGGGGGAAAAAAAGAAACAUCACUUUUAAUAGAAUUUACUAUUUUUUUCCAGGACAUCAGGUGAAUUCUACUGAUUUGUGGCAAUAUCAACAAUUAACUUUGUUUUCCUAUCUUUAUAGGUGAAGUUAUUGAGGGUUCUUUAUUUUUUAUUGUUUUUAUUUCUGUUUUUUUAAAGGAGAUUAAAGCCAUAGCAAAAAAAAAAAAUCAGCUGAUUUACUAAUGGGUUUUAUUUGGCUGAUAUUAACAUUAAAUAAGAAGAAAAUUCCACACGCACUUAGAUGAGAGAACACAGCGCUGUCGAGAAGCAAAGCGUCCCGUGGGCAGGUACAUGCCCUGUGUCCGAAAUCGCUCCCUGCUCACUAUAUAGUGAGGACGCUAUUUUGUAGUGGUGUCCGAAACCUUAGUGAGGAUUAUUUACAUCCUAUAUAGUGCACUCAAAGUAUCCCACAAUGCAUCACGAAAAGUAAUGGGCAACCGAUGGUCACUAACCAAAGCAAUAUAUCCCAUCAUGCAUUGCGGUCACGCCGAAAGAAAUCAAAUUAAAAGUCUCAAAUUUGAUUUAAUAAAAGGCAGCGGCAAAGAAGAAAGUAUUCAGCCUUGAUUAAAAAAAAACUGAAAGAUGCAGGUACUUUGUAUUGAUUAAUGUGGGAAAUACUCUCAAUAUAAUAUGGAUUUAUCACAAAAAUACAUGCAUGUGUUUAUUAUUUUAAAAACCUGCCAGCUGACUGAUCUGGCACAUUUUAAUUGUGCGACAGUAAUGACGUAAAUACCAUACCAGCAUGACGGAGUAGUGUCCAAAAGCGUUUUUUUUUUUUUUUACCAAUGAGCUCACUAAAUAGUCCUCUAUAUGGUAAUUCCCUGUACACAGAAUAGAGAGUAGUGAACGAGUGAGCGAUUUCGGACACAGGGAUGGAGCAGGUCAGCAGGAGUAGAGAGUGUCUAGGAGUUAUGUAAGCUAUAGCUCUAGUACACUAGGAGUAGUGUACACUUCUCUUAGUCACAUGGAGUGAGUGCACUUCCUUCCCAGAGCGCUAAUCCGAUCCGACAUCAUGGGCGUGUGCUCCUAGAUUAUUGUAGCUGCUGAAAGUCAGCCGUUCCCCGUCCCCCCGUCGUUAAUCUGUGAAAUAAAUCCGAAGCCAUAAGCUUUUGUGCUUUUUGGAGGCAAAUAUACACUAGAUGUAUGAAUACGUACCAAGAAAUUGUUCUCACUGCCCAUGUUCUUCCCUUAAGCAAUCGAAAUGAGUGUUAUGACUCAAAUAAAGUCAAGUGGCAUAGUGAUAUUCCUUAUAUCUUUACCGAACAAUAAAAUAAUAAUCCCAGAAAUGAGGCUACUAAACCUGCCAAUUGUAAUUUAGUGAUCAAAAUAAUGAAAUGACUGUGGAAAUGUUUUGUGGGAUUUUUUUUUUAUUAUUAUUAUUUGGUUUCAUUUUUUUAAAACUCCUGUUUCUGUUUUAAUUUUGUAUAAAUUCUUUCUUAUCUUUUCAUUUUUUUAAUCCUCAUGAUGUAAGAAGCAAUUUCAUCCAGUCAGGAUAACACUGUAUAAAAUGUUACACUAGACCUUUUUUUGGUUGAUUUGUUUGGUUUGGUUUUUUUUCUUUCUUUUCCUUUCUUAAUUUAAGCAAUGUAGCCAGCAGGAUUUUUUUUUUCUCUCCAAAAUCGUGUUGCAUGGGUUCUUGUAAAGAAGAUGAAGAUCUUUUUUUUAUUAAAAAAAAAAGUUGUAAGGUAAAUAAUGUAUUUAGCAUGAAGCAUGAAUUAUUUUCAUAUAAAUAUAGAUCCUAGAGAACAAAAAGGCACCGCCUCUAAUCUAAUUUCUAUGCCCAUAGGCCUACAGUCACUUUUGUUUUUGGUUUUUUUUUUUUUGUUUGUUUGUUUCGUUUUGUUUGUUUGGCUUGUUUUUUUUUGUUUGUUUGUUUUGUCUUGAUUUGUCCUCAUCGUACAAAAGCAGGCAUUUUACAGAAUAACCUUCUUCAGGGACAAACGCUGACUGUUGGGCAACACUCUGUGCAAUAUGGGGACUUCACCUUCUUUCCGAGUGUAGGGCUGUCAGCCCCCCUCUCCACUCUCUCCAUCAGUUCAGCUCCGGUGUGUGUGUGUGUGUGUGUGUGUGUGUGUGUGUGUGUGUGUGUGUGUGUGUGUGUGUGUGUGUGUUUGUGGGGGUGAGCAAGCGUUCAGCGUUGUUGCUUAGCGCUCAGCUCUGUAAGGACAAGUUGGUAGUGAGUGUCUGUUCCUUUUCUUCCAUUUUUUUUGAGGGGGGGUCUUCCAUUUACACAGCACAGCUAAUACACACUCUUCCCUCUACGUAGCACUGUUCAGUAUUAAAUAUCUACACACACACACACACACACUAAUCCCAGAGCAUGUUGUUCGCUACUGCAUAUUGUAUCCAAUUCCAUCCGAUUGCACUUUUAUCAAUUAAAGGUGACACACCUAGCUUUUAACACAAGUCUGAUUUUUAAAGUUCAGUGCCAAAGCCGGUAAGUUUAUACACAGCAACGUGGCCAACACACACACACACACACACACACACACACACACACACACACACACACACUUUGAUAAUACUACAUGAAAAACUUGUAGCAUUUUUGUCGUCAUGUAUAAUAUAAAUACUACAUCAUAAUCAUAUCCGACGCUAUCACAUUACACAUUAUUGGCUGUAAAUUGCUCAUCGAGGUGUUUUUAUAUCAUCCAUAUCAUACACACUUUAUCCUCAUCAUAGUGAAUCCAAAUGUUUAUGAUCUUGUCGACCUUGAGCAUUUGUGACGUGUCCUGUUAGCAUGCCUGUUCUGAUCAUGCACGUAUACGGACUUCAUGUGUGCAUCGUUCUCAUCGUCGUUGUCAUCUUCAUCGCUUCUGAGAACUGAAUUCUCCAUCCUCACACUGCGGAAAAAAGAAAAUGGAGGAAAACCAGCAUUAGAAAAUCCAUUCUUGUUGAGAAAAAAAAAGGGAACACUCACUACGUAACUUUUCCUUUUUACGAAUCUCUUCCGAAGGAAAAGGCCGCGAGAGGAUGAAGUGGCGAGUGGAGGCGCAUGAGAAAUCUCAACCCAAGCCAGGCAAAUAACAGUUAAUAACAGUCUUCUCCUUGUGUUUCCUUGUGUAUUUUUGUCAUUGUUUAUUAUUAUUAUUAUUAUUAUUAUUAUUAUUAUUAUUAUUAUUAUUAUUCAAAGCUUAACAUUGUUAGUUGACAAUUUAAAAAAAAGACUUGCCAAGUGUUUUCUUUUAUGUUUGUUUGUUUGUUUGUUUGUUUUCCGAGCAAGUAGAACCGAGUCUCAUUUGGUUCAUUCUGAAUUUUCGAGGUCUGAUGGCAUGUGCACCCUGAUAAAGUGUCGAUAUGGAGGCGUUCUUGCACUCUGUAUUUCCUCGUUGUGUAAUCAUAUUGCCAAAGACAAUUUCAUCAAUAUGUAAAUAUCACUUUGUCCAUCACGAUGAAAAAAAAAAGAUUCCUUUUUUAUUUUAUUUUGCGUUCGUUCGUUAUUCCGACCUGCCAUCACGUUUCUGUGCUGUAUUGUCUUCCAGUUGCAAUAAAGAAAAAAAAAAGAGUUGCAAAGGCGAA